CCGACCCCGACUUGCCCCACCCCGGCGACAGCCGCAGUGUGGUCGACAUCCCGGCAUCGGACACGAUGACGUCGACAGGUGACGCCGCUACUUUGGUGUCUGAAUCCGGAGGCACAACUACCGGCGGAGGCAGCACCACAGAUGCCACCUUCGGCAUUGUUGCCGGUGCGGUUGACGAAGAGCAGUGCUCCGGCGAUGCCGGCACGAGGCCACCGUUCUCGUACGCGGAACUCAUCGCUAUGGCCAUAGUGCAGUCGCCGCACAGGAGGGCGAUGCUGUCAGAGAUCUACUCCUACGUCGCGAGCCGUUUUCCCUACUAUGCUGCCAGGAAGAAGUUUUUGCAGAAGAUGAUCAGCAAUAACGUGGCACGCUACAGUUGCUUUGUCAAGUUGCCACAGGAAGGCGGCAAGCUCAAACGCCACUACUGGAUGCUCGACCCACAAUACGAACACACGUUCGAGAAUGGAAAAUUUCGCCCCCGCCGGCGUAUGAAGCAGCCAUUGCACUCUGGCCCAGUUUCGGAGGGGCACACGAACGGAGUGCAUUCUCACAAUGGCGAGCACCGACUCGACGGGCGCAACCCCCAUCGCCGGCAGCACCGCACUGGCAUGUCGGAACACCUGCAGCUGCUGGAGUUCGCCACCGAGUCGCUUCUUGGACACUCAGCGCUCCAGGCUGCCGCUGGGAGUGGACGUGUUACAGGCGACUCUCUGUCACCUCCUGCCUACCCGCACUAUCCCAGUACCGCCACCCCGCCUGAGGUUGGCAACGGUGACCAGGCAGCCCCCGACUCGUCCCACCCUGGCAGCGGCCGCAGCGAGGACGACACCCUGGCGUCGGACAAAACGGUGUCGACAGGCGACACGACUAUUCUGGCAUCCACAUCCGGUGUCACCGUCAACGGUAGCGGCGGUGGCACUGGUAUCGACAGUGUGGGAACCGCCGCGGGCAGUGCUGGCAGAGAGGUGGGCGAGGAGCAACGCCUCAGCGACACUGGUUCUGCCGUUACUGCCAGUACGAAGCCACCGUUCAGCUACACAGAGCUCAUUGCUAUGGCAAUAGAGCAUUCUCCACACAGGAGGGCAUUACUGCCACAGAUCCACACCUACAUCACAAGGCACUUUCCGUACUACGGGCCCGACCAGAAGGGCUGGCAGAUUGCAAUCAAGAACAGACUGUCGAGCAGCAAGUGCUUCGUCAAAGUGCCGCAGGAAGUCGACAGGCGCAAGGGGAACUACUGGAUGGUCGACCCACAAUAUGAGGACUUGUUGAAAAAGGGCACCUUCCGCCUACACCGGUCCGUGGGAGUGGUGACCACCCCCGACGUGACGCACGGACCUGACUCCACGUACCAGUCGUACUUUGCACGCUGCCGGCAACACCACAACGCCAGCCCGUCAGUACGACCUCAGCCGGUCGAUGUUGCUGACGGGUCACCGUCUGAGCCUUCGGCCCUCCGAGCUGCUGUCGACAGUGGGGACGGGAGCAUCGGGGACGAAGGCGAAGGUGUCGGAGGUGGCUCUUUGCUACCUUCCACCUACACUUCCUUUCCCGGCCGUGACUACGGGACUGCUACCCCGACCUCGACAAGCCUGUCGUGUUCCAAAAUUGGCAGCACCGGUCGUGCUGCCCCCGACUCGUCCCACCCUGGCGACGGCCACCGCGAGGACGGCAUUCCGGUGUCGGACGGGACAACGUCUCCGGAUGACGCGGCUGUUCUGACCUCCACCUCUCGUGGCACUGACGACGUAGCAGGCGAGGAGCGGUGCUCGAGCGUGGCUGGCUCGGCCCGUACUGCCAAAAAGAGGCCGCUGUUCUCCUACACGGAGCUCAGUGCUAUGGCCAUAGCACAGUCACCAAACAGGAGGGCGAGGGUGUCAGAGAUCUACGCCUACAUCGUGAAGCGUUUCCCCUACUUCAAACGCAAGAAGAAGAUACGGCAGAAAGCGUUGAGCAACAACCUGUCUCGUAACAGGUGCUUCAUCAACGUGCCUCAGAAGGACAGCGCAGGGAAGGGCAACUACUGGAUGCUCGAUCCGAAAUACGAGGAAAAGUUGGAGAACGGUGAAUUCCGUCCCCGGGACAUGAAGCAGCUAUUGCACAGGGGCCUGGGAGUGUUGGCGCCUGGUCGCCGAGUGCACUCGGACCGUGGCCCCCGGCAGCGACACCACACCGGCUUGACGGAAGACGCCCGGCUGCCAGAGACCGGCGGAGGUGCUGCCGUUACACUUCCCUCGGACCUGCCUUACACCAGGAACAGUAAUGCUGCCACAACCUCAACCGAUGUGUCGGCCUGUGAGGUUGGCGGCACUGGCCAGUCUGCCCCCAGCUCGUCCCACCCUAUCGCAAGCCAUUGCGCGAAUGACAUUCCGGUGACGGACACGACACAGACGGUCGUAGACGUCGGUACUCCGACCUCCGCAUCCGAUUUCACCGCUGACAGUAACGGUGCCGGCGGUGGUGGUGCCCGUGGGGCGGGCGAGGAGCGUCUCCUCGGUGACACUGACACCGCCCGUACUGCCGACGAUAGGCCGCCGUACUCCUACAAGGUGCUCAUUGCAAUGGCAAUAGCACAGUCACCGCACAGGAGAUCGACAGUGUCGGAGAUCUACGCCUACAUCUCGAACCGCUACCCCUACUUCAGACGCAAGAAGAGAAUCUGCCAGAACUCAAUACGCUGCAUCCUGUCGUCCUACAAGUGCUUCGUCAAAGUGCCGCCGGAAAGCGGAGACAGUAAUGGCGCAUACCGCAACUACUGGAUGCUCGAUCCACAACAUGGCGACAUGUUGGAGAACAGAAAAUGCCGCUCCCGGGGCGUGAAGCGGCCAUUCCACAGGGGCUCGGCAGCGUCGGUGUCUCUGCGCCACAGCCAGCUCCGACACCACAGCCACCGACCCCACCAGCCGCAGCACCACACUGGCGAGUCAGAGCGGCCCCAGCUGCUGGAGACUGGAGGCAGGACCGUUCCACUCCCCACCUACCCGCACUACACCAGGUGUACUCAGAUUUCUGAUGAGAAUGACAGUGCUUCAUUUGAAGAAAGUAAUCUUCAGAAUGUGACCCACAAUGAAUUGGUGAUGCCGCAAAAGGUGUCGACACACUUCGGGAGUUACUGUGUUCCAGCACAAGGAAUUACAACACAAGAGGAUAAUUUCCUCUGCAGUACAGAUAAUACUGAUCCACUUGCUGAUAAUCAACUUAUCAUUUGUGACCCACGGAGCAUUAAGAAAGAGGUUUUUGAAGAAUGUGUCCCAGAGUUCAGUGACUGUAAUGAAGAGGAUCCAGACGUAUAUUUAGGGGUGGAUUCAACUGAGAUUGAGGAGGCAGACACAAGAGGACACACUUCAGAUAUGACACGAAACAGUAAAGCCACCACUGCCUCGACCAGUCUGUCGGUGUCCGAUGUCGGCUGCACUGGCCGGGCUACACCUGGCUUGUCCCACCCUGGCAGCAGCCACUGGGAGAACACCACUCCGGCGUCAGACGUAACAGCAUCGCGGCGUGACGCCAGUAUACCGACCUCUGCAUCCGAUGUCACAGCCGACAGUAGCAGCAGCGGUGCUAAUACCGGCAGCAGGGGAGCGACCGCGGGCAGUGCAUCCGUUGGCGCAGGCGAGUGGCAGCUCUUCGGUGACGGUGCCUCUGACAGGAAGGUGACACUGUCAGAGAUUUAUGCCUACGUCUCGAGUCACUUCCCCUACUUGGAACAGGAAAAGGAGUCCUGGCAGAAAUCGAUUCGUGUCAGCCUAUCGUUCAGCAAGUACUUCGUCAAAGUGCCACGGGAGGACGGAGACCGGCAGGGCGGAAGCUGCGACUACUGGACGCUCGACCCACAGUAUGAGGACAUUUUGGAGAAUGACAAAUUCCAUUACUGUCACGAGAAGUGGCCAUUUUGCAGAGGCCCGACAGCAGUAGAGACUGAAGGUAAAGGCGGCACAGUGGUUGGUGGCACCCCGCUGCUCUCCGCCCACCCGCAGCACACCAGGUACGACAGCAGCUCGGUUCCUUCUGAUGUGACCCCAGUUGUCACCUCACAUUUUUAUUGA